CUGCCAGUCAGAAGUGGUGCAGAAUCUUUCCCGGAGCCACACAGCAGGCUUGGUUUUGCCGAGGAGCUGUCGCCAGUGUUUUCCUGUGCUGUGCUGUGAGCACUGCUGCAGGGAGCUGUGAGGGGGCCAUGGGCAAGCUGGGAAGCCAUAACAUGGGUUUGUCUGUGUAGCCCUGGCUGUCCUGAAAGUAGCUCUAUACACCAGGCUGGCCUCAGACUCAGAGAUCCCCUUGACUCUGGCUCACAAGUGCUAGGAUUAAAGGUGGGCCAACAUUCUUGCUUUUUUGUUUUUAUAUUAUUGUGUGAUGGGCCUAGAAUGUAGGUUUUUGUCCAUGUCAAGUAUAUGCUGUUGUACUGAGCUUUACUCAUAACUUAAAUUUUAAAAUUUGGCAGAGGGUAUCAUUCUGUUUCCCGGGAUGACAUGUAUUCAUGGUAUUAAUACUGCCUGAGCCUUCUGAGUCAUUGUAUUGCAGGUACAUCACCUUCUUCCUGCCUGUUGUGUUUGUUUUGAAUUUUUUAAUAAAAAUGAGUACUUUACCUGUAUGCAUGGAUAUGUACCACAUGGGUACCUGAUCCUCACAGUGAUCAAAAAAUUGUCUCAGAAACCCUGAACUUGGAAUAAUGGAUAGUUGUGAUCCCCCAAGUAAGUACUGGCAAUUGACCCCACCUGUAUGCAAGACCAGCAAGAGCUUUUUACUACUGAGCCAUCUCUUCUGCCCUGUGUUAUAAUCAACAUUUAUAUUGCUAAUGCUUUCAUCCAUCCAUUUGUAACUGUUUCAUCAUGCAGUGCCUUUUAGUAAAAUCUUAUUGAUGUUACAGUUUAAAUUGAGGCACUUCAGGUUUGUGGAAGAUGAAUACAGAAGUGGAGUGAAUGCAUAACUCUUUGUAAGAACUCUAGUAAAAAACCUCUAAGUUCUAUCUUUUUUGUUUGUUUGACUGAUUUUUGCACAGGAGACAGGGCCUUAAUAUGUACUUCUGGUUGUUCUGUAACUGAUUGCAUAGACUGGGCUGGCAUUCAACUCUGAGAUAGAUACACCUGCCUCUGACUUCUGAGUGCAGGGGUUAAAGGUAUUUUCUAUUGCAAGUUGACAUUCCAUUCACAGGGUACAGAAAUGACAGAGGUGAACUUCCUAUUCAGUUUCCUUCUAAAAUGACUUGAAUACAGUGACCUAUGAUGAUGUGCAUGUCAACUUCACUUGGGAAGAGUGGACUUUGCUGGAUCCUUCCCAGAAGAAUCUCUACAAAGAUGUGAUGCUGGAGACCUACUGGAACCUCACUACUGUAGGAUACAGUUGGGAAGACCAUAAUAUUGAAGAACAUUGUCAAAGUUCCAGAAGACAUGAAAGGCAUGAAAGAAGUAGUAGUGGAGAGAAGCCUUCUGUAUAUACUCAAUGUGUUAAAGCCUUUGCAUUUGACAGUCAUCUUCAAAGGCAUGAAAGAACACAUACUGGCGAGAAACUCUAUGUUUGUAAUCAAUGUGGUAAAGCCUUUGCACAUAACAGGAAUCUCAGAAUACAUAAAAGAACACAUACUGGAGAGAAACCCUAUGAAUGUAAUCAAUGUGGUAAAGCCUUUGCACAUAACAGGAAUCUCAGAAUACAUAAAAGAACACAUACUGGAGAGAAACCCUAUGAAUGUAAUCAAUGUGGUAAAGCCUUUGCUUAUCAUGUUAAUCUUCAAGUGCAUGAAAGAACACAUACUGGAGAGAAACCCUAUGAAUGUAAUCAAUGUGGUAAAGCCUUUGCACAUAGCAGGAAUCUCAGAAUACAUAAAAGAACACAUACUGGAGAGAAACCCUAUGAAUGUAAUCAAUGUGGUAAAGCCUUUGCACAACACAAUAAACUUCAAAUACAUAAAAGAACACAUACUGGAAUGAAACCCUACGAAUGUAAUCAGUGUGGUAAAACCUUUGCUCAUCAUGCUAAUCUUCAAGUGCAUAAAAGAAUACAUACUGGAGAGAAACCCUAUGAAUGUAAUCAAUGUGGUAAAGCCUUUGUGCAACACAAUCAACUUCAAGUGCAUAAAAGAACACACACUGGAGAGAAACCCUAUGGAUGUAAUCAAUGUGGUAAAGCCUUUGUUCAUCACAAUACUCUUCAAAGGCACAGAAGAACACAUACUGGAGAGAAACCCUAUGAAUGUAAUCAAUGUGGUAAAGCCUUUGCACAUGACAAGAAUCUCAGAGUACAUAAAAGAACACAUACUGGAGAGAAACCCUAUGAAUGUAAUCAGUGUGGUAAAGCCUUUGCACAGCACUGUACUCUUCAAAUGCAUAAAAGAAUACAUACUGGAGAGAAACCCUAUGAAUGUAAUCAGUGUGGUAAAGCCUUUAUAUGUCAUAGUUAUCUUCAAAGGCAUGAAAGAACACAUACUGGAGAGAAACCCUAUGAAUGUAAUCAAUGUGGUAAAGCCUUUGCACAGCACUGUACUCUUCAAGUGCAUAAAAGAAUACAUACUGGAGACAAACCCUAUGUAUGUAAUCAGUGUGGUAAAGCCUUUGCAUGUAUCAGUAGUCUUCGAAAUCAUGAGAAAAUGACAUAUUGCAGAGAAACCCUGUAAAUGUAGUCAGUGUGGUAAAGUUUUGCAGUUUAUACAGGAGUAAAGUUUUUUAUGUAACAUCAUUCUGUUAAAGCCAUACAUAUUACAAUAGUCUUUGAGUACCUGAAAAAAAAUCAUGAGAGCUUCUUAUUAUUUGGGAAGAUCUUUAUCCAAUACACUUGCAUUCAGUUACACAACAGUAUUCUGUAGAAAAAAAAUUGAUGUCAACAAUCUGUUCAAACAUUAUUAUGUCCAUUUUUAUAUUGUUUGUACCUGCAAGCUUAUAGAAAAAUUAAUUAUGAAGCCCUACAUGUAGGGCAAAAGGGCCAGCCAAAGAAACACACCCUGACCCUGAAACCAGAGCCAAAGAAGCAUACCUUGUCCCUGAAACCAGAGCCAAGAGGUUAAAAAAGGCCAGUGCAUGAAACACACUUUGGCCCUGAAAACAGAGCCAAAGAAACACACACUACCCCUGACCAACUGAGCACAAAACCAACCAAUCCCUGAGCAGGAAUUCUGGAUCUAGGCACCCAAACCCCUACAAACCUAAGCUGAGACAACCCUACUCAACCUGACAACCAGCCAAUCACCAGAAUGCUUGGCCAUUCAGGCUGAAAGGCAAUAAAGGAAACAGAAAAUAAGGGAACAAAAGACCCAUCCAACAGAGACAUCACAAGAAGCAACAUCUAUACCUAUAAUUAUCCCAAACCCAGAUGGGUAAAUGACAGUGUAAGAAUAUAUUCAACAACAUAAAGGGCAAUAUGGCACCACCAGAACCUAGUGAUCCUACCACCCCAACACAGAUGAAGUAGAAGAAAACAACUGUAAAAAUAACUUUAUGAAGAUGAUAGAGGCCCUUAAAGAGGAAAUGAAAAAUUCCCUUAAAGAAAUUGAGGAAACAAUAAAGAAAAAAUUGGAAGAAAUAAAUAAAUCCCUCAAAGAAAACCAAGAAGAAGCAAUCAAACAGGUGACAGAAACAGUUCAAGACCUGAAAAUUGAAAUAGAAGCAAUGAAGAAGACACAAACUGAGGGAAUGCUGGAAAUGGAAAAUCUGAGUAAACAAACAGGAACUACAGAUGCAAGCAUAACCCACAGAAUACAAGAGAUUUCCAGAGAAUCUCAGGAAUGGAGGAUAUCAAUAAAGAAAACAGAUUCAUCAGUCAAAGAAAACACUAGGGCCAAAAAAGUCAUAAUACAAAAUGUCCAGGAAAUCUGGGACACCAUGAAAAGACCAAACAUAAUAAUAGGGAUAGAAGAAUACCAGCUCAAAGGUACAGAAAAUAUAUUCAACAAAAAUCAUAGAAGAAAACUUUCCCAACCUAAAGAAGGAAAUGCCUAUGAAGAUACAAAAAGCUUACAAAGCACCAAAUAGACUAGACCCAUCAAAAAAGUCCUCUUGCCACAUAAUAUUCAAACCACUAAACAUACAAAAUAAAGAAAGAAUAUUAAGAGCAGUAAAGGAAAAAGGCCAAGUGACUUAUAAAGACAGACCCAUCAGAAUAACACCUGACUUGUCAAUGGAGACUCUGAAAGUCAGAGGGUCCUGGACAGAUGUUGGAUGGAUGUCAACCCAGACUACUAUACCAAGCAAAAUUUUAAAUCACCAUAGAUGGAGCAAACAAGAUAUUCCAUGACAAAACCAGAUUUAAACAAUACCUAUCCACAAAUCCAACCCUACAGAAAGCACUAGAAGGAAAACCCCAAUCUAAGGAAGUUAGAUGCAGCCAGGAAAACAAAGGCAAUAGAUAAUCCCACAGCAGCAAACCACCAAAAAUAAUAAUAAUAAUAACAAGAGUUAAGAAUCACUGGUCAUUAAUAUCCCUUAAUAUCAAUGGAUUCAAUUUGCCUAUAAAAAGACACAGGCUAAUGGAAUGGAUAUGAAAACAGGAUCCAUCCUUCUGUUGCAUAUAAGAAACACACCUCAACUUCAAAGACAGACACUACCUCAGAGUAAAAGGUUGGUAAAAUACUUUCCCAUCAAAUGGACCUAAGAAACAAGCUGGUAUAGCUAUCCUAAUAUCUAACAAAGUAGACUAUAAACUAAAAUCAAUCAAAAGAGAUUGGGAAGGACAUUAUAUAUUCAUCACAGGAAAAAUCCAUCAAGAUGACGUCUCAAUUUUGAACAGUUAGACCCCAAAUACAAGGGCACCCACAAGUGUAAAAGAAACAUUACUGAAGCUUAAAUCACACAUCAAACCCCACACACUAGUAGUGGGAGACUUCAACAUCCUACUGCCAGACAGAAACUUAACAGAGAAAUAAGGGAUCUAACAGAUGUUAUGGCUCAAAUGGACUUAAUAGAUAUCUACAGAACAUUCCACCCUAACACAAAAGAAUAUACUUUCUUCUCAGCACCUCAUGGAACCUUCUUUAAAAUUGACCACAUACUAGGUCACAAAGCAAAUCUCAACAGAUACAGAUAAAUUGGAAUAACCUAUAUUUUAUCAGACCACCAUGGCUUAAAGUUAGAUUUCAACAACAACAAAAAUUACUCAACUGAAUCACCAAUGGGUCAAGGGAGAAAUAAAGAAAAAAAUUAAAGACUUCCUAGAAUUCAAUGAAACUGAAUGUACAACAUACCCAAACUUAUGGGACACUAUGAAAGCAGUGCUAAGAGGAAACUUCAUAGCAUUAAAUGCCUACAUAAAGAAGUUGAAGAAAUCUCACACUAGCUACUUAACAGCACACCUGAAACCUUUUGUAGAACAAAAGGAAGCAAACUCACCCAGGAGGAAUAGAUGCAAAGAAAUAAUCAAAUUGAGGGCUGAAAUCAAUAAAAUAGAAACAAAGAGAACAAUACAAAGAAUCAAUGAAACAAAGAGUUGGUCCUUUGAGAAAAUUAACAAGAUAGACAAACCCUUAUCCAAACUAACCAAAAAGCAGAGAGAACAUCCAAAUUAACAAAAUGAGAUAUGAAAAGGGAGACAUAACAACAGACAAUGAGGAAAUUCAGAGAAUCAUCAGGUCAUAUUUCAAAAACCUGUACUACACAAAAUUGGAAAAUCUGAAAGAAAUGGACAAUUUUCUUGAUAGGUACAGAUAAACAACUUAAGUAGACCUAUAACCCUUAAGGAACUAGAAACAGUCAUUAAAAGUCUCCUAACCAAAAAAAGCCCAGGACCAGAUGGUUGCAGUGCAAAAUUCUACCAGAAUUUCAAAGAAGAGCCAAUACCAAUACUCUUCAAAUUGUUCCACACAAUAGAAACAGAAGGAACAUUGCCAAACUUUUUAUGAGGCUACCAAACCACACAAAGAUGCAACAAAGAGAAUUAUAGACCAAUCCCCCUCAUGAACAUUGAUGCAAAAAUACUCAAUAAAAUACUGGCAAACCAAGUCAAAGAACACAUAAAAAAAAUCAUCCACCAUUAUCCAGUAGGCUUCAUCCCAGACAUACAUAAAUGGCUCAACAUAGGAAAAUCUGUCAAUGUAAUACACCAUAUAAGCAAACUGAAAGAAAAAAAAACCUACAUGAUCAUCUCAUUUGAUGCUGAAAAAGCCUUUGACAAAAUCCAACACCCCUUCAUGAUAAAGAUCUUGGACAGGUCAGGAACACAAAGAACAUACCUAAACAUAAUAAAGGCUAUUUAUAGCAAGCCAACAGCCAACAUCAAAUUAAAUGGAGAGAAGUUCAAAGUGAUUCCACUGAAGUCAGGAACAAGACAAAGCUGCCCACUCUCCCCACAUCUAUUCAAUAUAGUACUCUGUAGCAUGAAUCUUCAAAGUUCUUAUUAAUAAAAACAAACCCAAGGCCAGUUAUUGUGGUGAACGCUGGAAGAUCAGAGAAGCAGAAUAAGCCACAGCUUCCUCACCUCAUCAAUUCCUCAGCUGAUCCUGUUUCCUAAGACUGGAAGCCUCUGAGUUCUCAUCCAGAAUGAAUCUUAGCUGAACUGCUGCUCCAAAAGCCCAAAAGCUUAACCAGCACUAGGUCCUGGUCUUCAUGCUUUAUAUACCCCUCUGCCCUCUGACAUCACUUCCUGGGAUUAAAGGUUCUUGUUACCAUGCCUAGCUGUUUCCAGUGUGGCCCUGAACUCACAGAGACCCGGAUGGAUCUCUGCCUCCCAAGUGAUAAGAUUAAAGGCGUGUGUGCCACCAUUUUCUGGCCUCUAUGUCUAUCUAGUGGCUGUUCUGUCCUCUGACCCCAGAUAAGUUUAUUAGGAUGCAUACUAUGUUGGGGGACACAAUAUAUCACCACAGUACUCAAAGUUCUAGCUAGAGCAAUAAAACAACAAAAGGAGACUAAGGGGAUACAAAUUAGAAAGGAAGAAGUAAAACUUUUGCUAUUUGCACAUGAUAUGAUAGUAUACAUAAGUGAGCCCAAAAACUACCAGGGAACUCCUACAGCUGAUAAACACCUUUAGUAAUGUGGUGGGAUACAAGAUUAACUCAAAAAAAAAAAAUCAGUAGCUCUCCUAUAUAGAAAUGAUAAACAGGCCGAGAAAGAAAUCAGAGAAACAUCACCCUUUACAAUAGCCACAAAUAAUAUAAAAUACCUUGGGGUAACUCUGACUAAGCAAGUGAAAGAUGUGUAUGACACAAAUUUUAAGUCUUUGAAGAAAGAAAUUGAGGAUAUCAGAAAAUAGAAAGAUCUCCCAUGCUAAUGGAUAGGUAGAACCAACAUAAUAAAAAUGACAAUCUUACCAAAAGCAAUCUACAAAUUUAAGGCAAUCCCCAUCAAAAUCCCAACACAAUUCUUCAUAGACCUUGAAAGAACAAUACUCAACUUCAUAUGGAAAGACAAAAAACACAGGAUAUCUAAAACAAUUCUGUACAAUAAAGGAACUUCUGGAGGCAUUACCAUCCCUGACCUCAACCUCUACUAUAGAGCUAUAGUAAUAAAAACAGCCUGGUAUUGGCAUAAAAACCGACAGACACGUGGACCAACAGAAUUAAACUGAAGACCCUGACACUAAUCCACAUACCUAUAAAUAUCUGAUUUUUUGGACAGAAGCCAAAACUGUACAAUGGAAAAAAGAAAGCAUCUUCAACAAAUGGUGCUUGAAUAAUUGGAUGUCAACAUGUAGAAGAUUGCAAAUAGAUCCAUAUCUAUCAUCAUGCACAUAACUCAAGUCAAAGUGGAUCAAAGACCUCAAAAUAAAUCCAGUUACACUGAACCUGAUAGAAGAGAAAGUAGGAAGAAGUCUUGAAUGCAUUGGCACAAGAGACCACUUCCUAAAUAUAACACCAAUAGCACAAAUACUGAGAGCAACAGUUAAUAAAUAGGACCUCCUGAAACUGAGAAGCUUCUGUAAGGCAAAGGACACAGUAAAUAAGACAAAAUGACAGCCUACAGAGGGAAAAGAUCUUCAUCAACCCCACAUCUAUCAGAGGGCUGAUCUCCAAAAUUUAUAGAGAAUUCAAGAAACUAGACAUCAAAAUACCAAACAAUACAACUUAAAAAUGGACUACAGAGCUAAACAGAAUUCUCAACAGAAGAAUCUCAAAUGGCUGAAAGACAUUUAAGGAAUUUCUUGGCAUCUUUAGUCAUGAGGGAAAUGCAAAUCAAAACGACUCUGAGAUACCAUCUAAGACACCUGUCAGAAUGGCUAAGAUCAAAAACACUGAAGAGAGGAUGUGGAGCAAGAAGAACACACACUCCUCCACUGUUGGUGGGAGUGCAACCUUGUACAACCACCUUGGACAUCAGUAUGGCAGUUUCUCAGAAAAUUCAUAAUCAAUCUACCUCAAGACCCAAUGAUACCACUCCUGGGCACAUCAAUGUUCAAUCAUAGCACAAGGACAUUGGCUCAUCUAUGUUCAUAGCAGCAAUAUUCUUAAUAGCUAGAACUUGGAACAACCUAGAUGCCCCUCAACCGAAGAAUGAAUAAAUGUACAUAUACAUAGUGGAGAGUAUUACUCAGCCUAAAAAAAAAAAUGACGUCAUGAAAAUUUGCAGGCAAAUGGAUGGAACUAGAAAGUAUCAUCCUGAAUGAGGUAACCCAGACUCAGAAAGACGAACAUGGUAUGUUCUAACUCAUAAGUGAAUACUAGAUGUAAAGCAAAAGAUAACCAGACUACAACCCAUAGCUCCAGAGAAGCUAGAAAACAAGGAGAACCCUAAGAGGGACACAUGAUCCCCUUGAGAAGGGAAAACAGAUGAGACCUCCAUGAAGCCUUCAUCCAGUAACUGAUAGAAGCAGGUGCAGAGAUCCAUAGCCAAGCACCAGGCCAAGCUCCAGUGGGAGAGAGGGAAGAGGGAGUAUAUGAGCAACGGGGGUCAAGAUCAUGAUGAGGAUAUCUACAGAGACAACUGAACCAAGCUCAUAGGAACUCACAAACUCUAGACCCACAGGUGUGGAACCUGCAUGGGACCAGUCUAGGCCUUCUGCAUACCAGAGACAGUUGUGUAGCUUGGUCUGUUUGAGAGGCCCCUGGCAGUGGGAUCAGGAUCUAUCCCUGGUGUAUGAACUGGCUUUCUGGAGCCUAUUACCUAUCAUGGGAUGCCUUGCUCAGCCUUGACAAAGUGGGGAGGGGCUUGGUCCUGCCUCAACUGUAUGUACCAGGCUUUGCUGACUUCCCACUGGAGCCCUUACCCUUUUAGAGGGGG